AUGCAGAAUGCAAUUAAUUCUACGUUUAAAACUAUUGCCGGCGAGAACCAUGAUAGUUAUAGAUUUCCUUUAGAAUCCGGAAAGGCUAUAGCACUAACUAUGAAUUUUCCACAACAUCAUUCAUCUGUGUCGAAUAUGGCGGUAUCUGAAAAUAAUCAAGUUCAAGAUCAACUUAUAAAUCAACAUUUACAUUCUAAUCAUAUAACAACUGAUCCUCAUGGUUGUCUGGACUGUAUGUCAACUAUGUUUGGACCAAAUUAUGCACCAUUUGCCGCAUUUAUGUUGCAUGUUGCAGUGCAUCAAUUUUCUGAAUUUGCACAAACGCAAAAGACGAUCGCAAUGAAACAAAAUGGUUUAAUUGAAAACCUAGUUUCUUUACAUCAACGAGAACAUCCAACAAAACAAAUAUUAAAUGAAGAAGAACUGCAACAUGUAUUUACUUACGGAUCAUGGUCAAAUGGAAAAGUAAAUCCAAAUGAAGAAAUGAGACCAAAUUUCGCAAUUUUACUUGAACAAAAUGUAGAAAAUUUCGAAAGUGAUUCUUCAACAAAUUCACUUUCAUAUUCAUGGACAGUAAUGCACAUAAAAUAUAAUUGUUGCGUUGACGGGAUUUUACAAACAGGUCAAACAGUAGGACAGAAAAGUCCAACUUUUGCAUCAAUUCAUCCUGGUUGGUCAAUACCAGAAUCAUGCUGUUUUACAGACAAAACAGUAUGCGUUCAAUCACCCACAGUUAAUAACUCAUUUAUUAAUGUAAAUGAUAACUUUUUUUUUUGGUAUCAAGAUUUUGAUCUUUCAUUACUUUUAAAGUCUUCUUGUGUUGAACCUGCUGCAAGACAUUUCAAUCAACUUCUUUCAACUUUCAACUUUAUCCUUCUACCAAAUACAUUCAUAGCUAUGAUUUGUAAUGCAUGUGGUAUAUUUUAUUUGAUGCGCUUAAAAACUGCUAUUGAUAGAAUGAAUUUAAGUAAUAGUGAAUUAGCCAAGAGUUUAUUUGCUCUCAAAUCAAAACAUUUAGCUGGUAUUCGUAGUGAUAUUAAAAAAAAUCCCAUAGCAGAAUUUCAAAGAGAAAAAAAUGAUCAAAUGAACGGCAAAAAACAACAUUUAAAUAUUCCUGGCUAUUUUCCUAUAACACCAACAAUUUUACAAGUACGACAACCAGAACAAACUACAUAUCUUGACUAUGGUUUAUAA